AUACUUGGGUUUUCGCAUUUAAGUGUUAAUGUGGUUAGUGUGGUGAACUUCUAAAUGUAUCUCGUUCUUGUUCUUCCUUUUUUGUAACUAUUUUUCUUUGAGGCUAUUGACAGAAUCUGCUUGACACACCAGCGAGUUUUAAUCUAGCUGCAUCAGUUAGUGAAAGUCCUCGGUGUGGAGAAUAAAUAAAUUAUGAGGAGUAUGUCAGCAAAACACAGACUGUAAAUCUUUCACCACAUCCUGCUCAUAGGCUGAAAAUCUGAGUGUAUUUAGCUUUCAUCUCACGUAUGUUAUGUCCUUUAUAAAAUGUUUGUGCUUAUGUCUUUGGUUUUUAAGGUGAUGUCAAGUUAAAUUUUCACUAGCCGUAUUGAAUUCUGUUUUAUUUGGUUUUAUUAAAGUAAGCCCUAAAACAAAGCUUAAAUAUUUCUUCUUUAUAAAUUUGUUUUUGAUAUCAGGUGAUAAGUGCAGCUCAUACAUUUUACAUUUGCUUCUGUUGUUUGAACUGCCACACAUCUGUUAUCUGUAUAUUUGAUUUAGAUCACUUUCCUCUGUGUUUCGCUGCCUGUUUCCACUCAGAAUAUAUGACAGAUUGGACAUUGUGCUUACAUAUCCAGUGUUGACAUAGCUCAAGGCAUAACAAAAUCCUUUUGUUGUACUUUCCUGAGCCUACAAAGUACAGGUGAAGGGUCCAAAUAUAGUUAAACAGAUGGGAUUGCUUUGAAGAUCUAUUUAACUUUGUGUUGAACUGCAAUGUUAGAUAUUUCCAAUUUAAAUCAAACUUCAACAAGCAGACCAAAGUAAUACUGUUUGGGUUAAUCACACUGCAGUGAGUGAUGAUUGUAAGGUUGCUUAGGAGGGCAAAGGGGAACUGAAACAGGUUGUCCCCUGGCUGACAGUGUUUUAUUUUAUUUUUUAAAAGAAAAAAGUUUGUGUCUGUGACUGCAGCUGUCAUUUUUGCUUUUAUAUUCAAGAAAUAAUUAUGAAAAGUAUUAAAUUAGUAUGUCCUAAAUGAAGGACAACAUGAGUGUCAGAAUCUGUGAUGUCUGUUUUGCACUUAUCUGCACAUCUUAUGCUACUUUUCACAAGCUGAUGUGGCAACUGAGACAAUGCGAAGCAUAAAGUUAUGUUAGUUCUGUUUGUUUUAUUAACAUGCUCACACUUCUUUUCUUUCAUGCAAAGAUUCAAAAUGUACGAUUUGACGUUUGCUUUUAAGGUGUUCUUUAUAACUGAUUUAGUGUUUGUCACAUCCUGUGUGAAAAACUUCCCAUCUGUCACGGUUGAGUUAUGUCUUUUACAUACCCUUACAAUGUUACAUCCUGUAGUUUAGUAGUAGUUUAUUUUGUACAGUAUAUAUUGCAAAAUGAAAUUUUUUUCAAAUCUUUGUGAUUCAAAUUAUUGAAAAUAUUGCAGUAUAUAAAAAGGAAUUUUUGAAAAAACAAAGUUCUUUAAUUAUUCUGCCUUCUACUGUGUAAUUAAGUUCCAAUGGCAAAAUAUUUUUUUAUUUUUAUUUUCAAUGAAACAUUGUUUUCAUAUUGCCUAUACUUGAACUCCAGCCACCUGCCUGUUUAAUCUACAUCAUAUUUUAUCUAGUCUUCAUGUCCUUGGAUAUUGCAAGAACAUAAUGUUUUUUAAAAAGCAGUCAGCAAAAGAGAACAUGAUAAAAUGUUCAGUGAGUUGUUUUUGAUAAGCAUAUCUUCACUGAGUGAAAUUAUGUCAGGAUACCCUGCCCGUCAUGGUAGAGAUACCACUACUUUAACACACCUGAAUGACAUGAAUGGCUCGUUAACAGGCUUGCACAGGCCUGCAAAGAAACUGAUGAGGAAGUUCAAUAGAUUGCCAAAAGAUCACUCUCAUCUAGUUUUGUUUCCUGCAUCUGUAGCUCACAUCUCCCACAUAUAGCAGAACAUAAACCACAUUCAUUUACUACAUCUGGUUCAGCCGAAGCAGUUCUUUUUUCUUGACGUUUUCUCCGUUUCAUCCAUAUAGAAAAAAGGAAGUUUGUGUAAGUUUUUCCUGAUGAGUAGAAACGGGUCUGAAAUUGUGGUUGUGACUUCCCAUCAUACUUGAAAUUCUUUAUGUUAAGAAAUCACAGCAAACGCUGAGGCACCUGAGAAGGGGUGUGAAAACACUAAAAAGAUGGUAUUUGGCCACAUGAAGAUGUCUCUCCUCCUCUGCAUUCUCUGUGUUCCAUCGUUGUAUCUUCUUAGUAGAUGGACAAGAGGAUACCCCACCUACCAUCGCUCAAAUUCAAGCUUCACCAUCCUACUGUGGCACUGGCCCUUCAAUCACCCGCUCAGUCUAAAGGAGAGCUGAUCCAGGGGAGCCAGAAGCUGCCCAUCGAAUUACAACGACCACAAGGCCAGAGGUGGGCUUGGAUGUCCCUGGAGUCUCUUGCUCACAAUGGAAACUUGCAGAAGUUUGCAAAUAUCUUCAACAUGACCAUAUCCUACAGGAGGGAUGCAGAUGUCACUAUACCAUAUGGUGAACUACAACCUAAAAAAGCUGGAGAUCAUGUAGUUGAAGAAAGCCCUGCGAAUAAGACCUCCCUUGUCUGUUGGGUUGUCAGCAACUACCAGAACAACCACAAAAGAAGUCAAGUGUACAAAGCGCUCGAUGCGUUAGUUCCUGUGAAAGUUUAUGGUCGCUGGGCAAACGCACCUUUAUCUUCUACUGACCUCUUACCUACAAUCUCUCACUGCUAUUUUUAUUUGGCUUUCGAGAAUUCUCUUGCCAAAGAUUACAUCACCGAGAAGCUGUGGAACAAUGCCUACAAGAGCGGAGCUGUGCCCGUUGUCCUGGGACCACCAAUAAGUGACUACAAAGCUGUUGCACCAAAUCAUUCCUUCAUCCAUGUCGAUGAGUUUACAUCAAUAAAUGAAAUGGGAGAGUUUUUACAACAGCUUGCAAAUGACCAAAAGCGCUACAGUGAAUACUUCACCUGGAAACAGGAGUGGAAAGUAAAAAUUUACAAUGACUGGAGGGAAAGACUGUGUAAGAUCUGCACACAGAAUAGCAGUUUACCUCAGCCCAAAGUUUAUUCAGACUUACAAGCUUGGGACAAUGCUAAGAGCAGCCAGUCUUGAGUGAUUGUGGUUAAGGAUUUCAUUAAACUGAAUUCAAAUAUAACCACAUCUUAGACAUGUUUAUAAUGAAAGUCUAAGGUCACAUUGGUCUUCUUUUUUUUAACUGCAAUGGUUCUUUCUAGGUACACUCACUUGCUCCUAUAGUAUAAAAAUGUGAAUGUUGAGUUAAUGAACUUGAAGGGUUGCUUGAUUUUGUCUCUGUGAUCAUGACCUGUUUAGGAUGUACUCAAUUCUACCUCAUAGCAGCUGGGAUAGGGUCUUACAGACUUUAAGUAACCAAAAACAAUGUGUACUUAUAACUGUAUUCAACUACUGAAGUAAUAUAUUUCACUUGUUUAGAAACCAUAUCCAACUGAAGUACUGGUAAUGAUAAACUAACACUUUAUUCUAACGCACACUAUUUUGGGAAAUAUAUUUUUAUUGUUGGAAGUUGGUUGUAAAGAAAAAUACUAAUUAUAUUUAAGUUUAUCAUAGCUUAGUAAGAGACAUGAAAGCAAGAUGGUGUAUAAUUCAUAUUCAUGAUUAAAAAUCCAUUUCCUCCUUAAUCAUCUGUAACAGCAUCAAAAUAGCAGGCAUCCCUUUAAAGAUAGACCCAAAGUAAAGUAAUGUUCUAAUUAUAUUGCAUCCACUACAGCAUACUAAGUGAUCAUUUGUGAUUGCAUUCUGGUGAAGGCUUUUUCAGCGUUAAUGGAAAACCACAGAAAAUGUUGCCAUGCAACUAUCCCCAUGUGUAACAUUAUGAUUUUGAAACUGGCUCAAACUGAUUGUACUGUAAAAACAAGUUUUGAUUCAAUGUUGGAUUACAUUUUAAUGUACAUUGUAUUUGGUUUCCCUAAAGGACAUCCUAAAAUGCUUUGUCAACAGCGACUUAAAAAAAAAAAACUUCCUGGUGAUACUGUUGUUCCUUGAGCAACAUGAACUGAUUGUGAUUAAACUUUCCUGAAAAUCUAAAACAGAAUGAGUUAUUUGUACUUGAGAUAUUAGUAGAACAGUUUACUGAUGUGGAUUUGUAUGUAUGCAUUUAUUUCAGCACAAUCUCAAAUUAGUUUCAUGGAGUAUUCCUCUUAUCCAAACAUUUACAUAAUUAAAAUGUUCAGGAUUCAAUACAUUGCAUGUACAAAGCUGAGAAGGCAGUCUCACUUGAUGCAGCAUUUUAGCUUUAGUUUUACAGCUAUAGUUUUCUCUUUCUUUUUGUUGCCAACAUUUUUACAUGUCUCACUAAUUCUACAUAAAAAGUAAAUGAAUCAGCUUGUAAUCUACACUCAAACUACAAACUAAAUAUAGCACUACUUUCAAUAUCAGUGCAGAAGAGGAAAUUCAUGGCCCAAAUAUCCUGUGUUGAUGUGUCACCACCCCCUCAUUAAAUAUGUACAUCCCGCCAAGAAAAGCCUCUGUUUGUGAAGACAGUAACCAAUAAUACAAUUACUACAUAGAAAAAUAACUUAAUAUCUCUCUCCAGGCCAGAAGAUGAUUAUCUAGGUAACGCAUUUUAGCUGAGGCUUGAUUACAGCUGUUUUCAGUAGCCCUGCGAAAAGACUCGACAUUAAAAACAAGUUCACAAUCUGUAACAGACCUGGCUCCAUAGUCUUUGAGACCUUUUUGAAAAAAAAAACUGUGGGCAGGAUGUUCAAAUAGCAAGAGGAGGAGUUCAGCUGACGUAAAUGUCCCCAAGAUCUUUGCUGUUUAUGGGAUGAAACUGUGUCAUGGUGUUUAACCUGGUUAUUAAUGGACACAGUAUGUCUCUUGAAUCUCUUAUUGAUGAACCAAUUGCUUGUCUGAUAUUCUGGAUUUUGUCUGUGAAGAAUUUGGCGAACUCAUUGCAGGCCUAGUACAGGUGCUACUGACACAGGAAGUUUUUUUUAACCUGUCAACUGUGGCGAUUGACGCCUGAGUAUUAUGCAGUUUUUGGUAAUAAUGUAAAAGGCUUCCUUGCAUUCUACAGCUGUAAAUUAUAAAAGUUAAGUUUCUGUUUAUAGAUUUCAUAUUGAACUUGUAAAUUUGUUUUUCUCCAUCUGUGCUCAGCUUUCAUUUUUCACCAGCCUG